UUGCUAUCAGUGAAGUGAUUGGAUUUCUCGAAUUUUAGAAAUAAAUUUUUGGUUUGCGCUGUCAAAAAGUGUUUAAAUCUUCGUUAUUUCUCAGAAUUAAUUAUUCUCAAUUGUUUCUAUUCUCCAAUGUUGAGUGUGGAAUUUAAAAGUAUAAUCUUUAUAAUAUUAUGUUGUGUGGUGUGUGAGGAUUCAUCAUCGUAUUGUAAGGACAUUGAUAUAAUAUUAUCUAGCUCGAUGAUGGCAUUAUAGUCUAGAGCCUAGAGGCUUACCUGUUACAUACGUCUCUCUCUUGAACUCUCACCAAAUUCUUCCAACAUCUUACAAUCUAGCGAGUUCACAAAAACCGGUUCAUUACAUUGGUGGAGAAGAAGAAGCUAAAACAUUUUCUCUCGCAAUAUUCAGCCACGCAGAACAUGGAAAAGGAGUAAGGGAAGGAAGGAUGAAGGAAGAAGAGGUGUAAGGAGGAGAGAAGGAGGAGUGUGUACAUGGAACUUCAGGCUCUGAUAAUCAGUUUGACCUCAUCUUUUGCUGUGUACAGAAACAAGGAAGAUGAAGACUCAAUUACUGGCAAGACUGUUGAGACGUCGGCUGAAUUGUCACAGCCAGAUUAAGCUGAGACAGAAAUCGUCAGGAGUGAGCAGUCAAGUGCUACCGGAAUCAGCUGAUCAUGGAGUGACCACCAAUGCUGCUAUUGGGGUCAAGUCCUAUUCGGAAGUGCCAGGGCCCAGACCGAUGCCAGUACUUGGCAACUCAUGGAGGUUUCUUCCGUUUGUUGGAACAUACGAGAUUUCACGUCUGGACACAGUGCUAUGGCGUCUGCAUCGAGAGUACGGAGACAUUGUGAAAAUCUCCAACAUGCUCGGUCGACCCGACAUGGUUUUUCUUUUCGAUCCGCGCGACAUUGAGACGAUUUUCCGGUCCGAGGAAAAACUGCCCCACAGACCGUCCAUGCCUUCACUCAACUACUACAAGCAUGUCAUGCGAAAGGACUAUUUUGAGGAGGAUGCCGGAGUUAUAGCUGUACAUGGAGAGAACUGGUAUAAGUUCAGAAGGAAAGUACAACAACCUCUAAUGCAACCCAAGACAGCCCAGCUCUACAUUCCAUCUAUUGAAGAAUCUGCCGACACGUUUGUAGAAAGGAUCAGAAAUAUACGAGACCAAAAUUUAGAAGUACCUGAUGACUUCCUCAAUGAAAUCCACAAAUGGGGAUUAGAAUCAAUAGCCAAGGUAGCUCUGAAUGUUAGACUGGGCUGUUUUGAUGACAAAAUGGCGGACGACAGCGACACUCAGCAACUGAUAGAUGCGAUUGACACUUUCUUCUCGAAUGUCGGCAACCUCGAACUCAAAAUUCCCUUCUGGCGACUCUUCAACACUCCAACCUGGAACAAGUAUGUCAACGCUCUCGACACUAUCAUGAGGAUAACUCAAAAGUACAUCAACCAAUCAAUGCAAGACAUAGAAGCGAAAGGAGUGGAAUGCACUGCUGACUCUUCUGUGCUUGAGAGAGUGCUAGCUUUCAACGAUAACAAUACUAAAGUUGCUGUUACCCUAGCUCUCGAUAUGUUCCUAGUUGGAAUUGAUACAACAUCAGCAGCAGUAGCCUCAAUUCUAUACCAGCUGAGCCAAAAUCAGGAUAAACAAGAAAUUUUGGUCAAAGAAAUCGACAGAGUGGUUCCCGGAGAUGCGAAACUGACCAGUAAAAUGCUUGAUGAAAUGAAAUAUCUGCGCGCAUGUAUAAAAGAAACACUCAGGAUGUACCCAGUAGUAAUAGGCAAUGGAAGACUGGUCACAAAUGACAUUGUGCUAGGAGGCUACUUGAUACCAAAAGGGGUUCAAGUGGUAUUCCAGCACUACGUGAUCAGCAACAGUGACAAAUAUUUUGCAAACGCAGCAAAAUUCGAGCCGGAAAGAUGGCUGAAGGCACGCAGCGAGGCUCACCACGCGUUCGCGUCACUUCCGUUCGGAUUCGGACGCCGCAUGUGUCUCGGCAGGCGAUUCGCCGACCUUGAACUCGAAACGCUAUUGGUCAAGAUCCUCAAAUCCUACAGAAUAGAGUACCUCUAUGACAAGUUGGAGUACAGAGUACAGCCAAUGUACACACCAUAUGGGCCUCUCAAAUUCAAAUUCACUGACAGAACUGUUACAUAAAUUUGAUAAAUAAAUGAAUUCUAUUAUUUUCCAUUAAA